AUGGAGGCAGCUGUGGCGGUACUGGAGAUGUCAGACAUUGUGUUGCUCAUUACAGACAUCCGGCACCCGGUCAUCAAUUUCUCCCCAGCCCUUUAUGAGUUUGUAACCAAGCAGAUGAAGAAAAACCUCAUCCUAGUACUGAACAAGAUUGAUCUGGCCCCACCAGCCCUGGUGGUGGCCUGGAAGCAUUACUUCAAGAGCCGAUUCCCUGAGAUCCAUGUGAUCUGUUUCACUUCUUACCCACAGCAUGACCAAGAUCCCAGUGCAGUGUUUAAAAAACGUCGGAAGCGUCGAAAGGGAUGGAGCACAGCUAUGGGGCCUGAUCAACUGCUGAGCUCCUGUGAGGCUAUCACAGCUGGCAAAGUGGACUUGAGCAGCUGGAAGGAGAAAAUUGAGCGGGAUGCUGCUAGUGCAGGCCUGCCCCUUGAUGACUCCGAGGAAGAGGAGGAAGAUGACAGAAGCGCGGCUGUGCUGGUGGAGCAUCAGACAGACGUAGCUAUGGAGGCUGGUGAAGCCUCCCAGGAGCUCUACAAAGAUGGAAUCCUGACAGUCGGCUGCGUAGGGUUCCCCAACGUGGGCAAGUCCUCUCUCAUCAAUGGGCUUGUGGGCCGCAAAGUGGUGAGCGUCUCCCGCACUCCUGGCCAUACCAAGUACUUCCAGACCUACUUUCUUACGCCCAUGGUCAAGUUGUGCGAUUGUCCUGGGCUCAUCUUCCCGUCUCUUGUUGAGAGGCAACAGCAGAUAUUGGCUGGUAUCUACCCUAUUUCCCAGAUCCAGGAGCCCUACACUUCUGUGGGGUACCUGGCCAGCCGGAUUCCAGUUCAGGCCUUGCUCAAGCUGCGGCAUCCGGACGCUGAACACAGCAAGCCUGAACCCCCUUGGUGUGCCUGGGAUGUGUGUGAAGCCUGGGCUGAGAAACGAGGUUACAAGACAGCAAAAGGAGCCCGCAAUGAUGUUUACCGAGCAGCCAACAGUCUUCUACGCCUUGCAGUCGACGGGCGGCUCUGUGUUUGCAUGCGACCUCCAGGCUACACAUCACAGAAAGCCAUGUGGGAGCAUCACCUUGAGACAGCCGAGAUUGCAGCUUUGCAGGAGGCUCGCCGCCGAGAAGGCAAACACAGCUCUGCUGAGGAAAACGAGGGGGAGGAAGAAGAGGAGGAUGAGAUCUCCAGCUCGGGAGAGGAGGAGGACGAAGAGAAAGACCGGGAUGCUGAUGAAGAAGGCGAAGAGGAAGAGGAGCCGCUUUCUGCACCCAAGAGUGGGGCCGGCCAGCCCGUUCCCCCCAGAAAGGGAAAGUUGGCCACCCGGAACUUGUUCGCUUUGCUUGGGGAGGAUGAAUGUUAGUCACUUCCCCUGUUGGACUACGGGGUGGGCGAUAAACUUGCCCAGCCCAACCCAGCCGCCCUCUCGCCCUGCUGUGCAUUCCCCAGCUCUGGAGCCGCUGUAUAUCAAUAAAGGUGAUGUUUAUUUCCUGGCCCACUUUUGUGGCUGUGGGGAGGCGAAGGGUUAGCAAUUAGGAACCAGGAGAAGUCCAUGGUCCAUCUUGCUCCGAACUCUUGUCGUAGUUGCUGGCUGGGAGAUGCUGGGGCGCCUACAAGCAGUACAGUCAGCUGUUGCCCACCACUGGUGGGGGGGUCUGACCGCUGCCCGAGAUCAGAUUCAUUCUCAUCCUUUUGUGAUCCAACCAGGAUCAUAAGCACAUUCAGCAAAAAUAGCCCCAAGUCUAAAGAAACAGUAAGUUUUGCAAAAGUACAACAGUCUUUAGGAAAAAAGUGUAUUGGAGGGAAGGAACUUUCAUAACACCACCCAAAGUGAAAACAGUGAAAACAGAGUCUGCUGUGGGUAGAGAAUACUGGCUUCUCCAGGUGGGGCAGGAAAGAGGUGGGAUGGCAUUCAGACUGAAAUGUUUACACCACCCUGUCCUCCUGCAGAUUUCACUUACAUUGUCUUCCAUGGCAGUUAUUAUGUUUAAUAUGUAUAUCCAUUGUUCAGUUUAUGGAAGAGAGAUUUGUCUGUGGUGGCCACUACCACAUAAUCUAACUAUCUUACAAAUUUAGGGCAAGCUAUGUGGAUAAAAGCCUCCAUCACAAAUGAUGAAAUCCCAACAUUCGGCCUGAUGGCCAAAUGAGGCUGAAUGAAUGAAUGUAUACUUUACUGCAGUCUUAGACCAGAAUAUGAACUGAAAAUCAACAGGAAGCACAGAAUAAUGGGUCAAGUGAUAAUACGUUAAGUCUGUGUAUUUAGAUUUUUUAAAAAUUCAAAAUUCGUGUGAAUCCAUUUACAUCAGUCCUGUGGGAGUUACAAGAGUGUGAAAUGGAGUUAAAUCCUGCUAUCCCCCCCCAAGUUACAACCAAACCAAACCAGAGACCAUCACUCGCUAUGGUCUGUGCCCAUGACUAUCCGGGACAAUCAGAACAGAAACUUGUUCUGUUCAUAUUUGAGCAGUUUUCCCCAAGUGCCUUCUCCAAUGCCUUGGGUUCCUACUCUCAUUGUCCCCAGCAGGCAAUAUCAGUGUCGUAGUCCAACUCAGCCGGAGUGCCACAGGUUAGGAACAGCUCCAUUAGUGGCUGCAAGAGCUCGCAGUCGCCCUUUGCCAGCACAAGUGGACCAACUCUUUGACUUAUCUAAAGCAGUGUUUCUCAACCUCAGCAACGUUAAGAUGUGUGGACUUCCA